GAGGUCUGGUUUUCUCUCCCAAUCUGCAGAUUGAUAAUACUUAUUAAAAUCCAGAACUCAACUGAACUUAGUCACUCCGUUUAUGAAGAGACGGACAAAACACUUUCUUCAUCAAUUGGCGUUGUCGAGCAGCAGGAUUGCAGAACCAGAUCCAGGAGAGACCCACGGCAGCACCAGUAUAAAGCAGAACCCGUGGUGCACAAAACUAAAUGGUAAGGGGAUCCUUUUCCAAAACCCCAUUCACGGACUGCUUUAUGCUUGGUGCGCCUGCUGUCCCUCUGCGAUGCUGGUAACGUAAACAAUUUAAGAACCUUUUAUUGUGACGUUCAGUUGGGAGCCUGGUCUUAGCAGACCAGAGUCUGCUAGGCCUCAACAGGAGGAAGAUAAUAUUAGAGUUUUGGUUUAGUAAAUUUGGGUCAUUAAUUGACUUGCUAUUUUUACUUUGUCUUGGUCAGAGUUGGCAAACUCUGAUAGCGUACAAGAACUCUGGUCGUGUGAAGUAUUGAAAAAGUAUGUAAAACAAUCUGUGUUCUUGAUCUGAGGCAAAGGAUCUGUUAAGAGAAUACGUCCCAUACUCUUGAUCUGGGGAAAAGGAUCUGAUAACAGAGAGUAUGGUUUUACAGAUGCAGACCAGGGGUGAACCAAACAAGGAAAGGUGAAAGCUGCCUGCUGGGGAGCCAUGUCAUCCCUAUCAACCGGGAGACUAUGUGAAAGUGCACACUUGGUGAGAGGACUGCCCUCUCACCAAGAUGGACCGGUCCAUACCUGGUUUUCUCUUGGUGACUCACACAGCUGUAAAAGUGGAAGGUCGUCCGACAUGGAUUCAUGCAACGGAGUGCAAAAUGGCCCCUCCACCGAACAACACGGUGGAGGGUCCCAACGGAGAGCCAGGGGCCGGUGGAGGAGCAGGUGCACCUCCAAAUGGUGCCUGCUCCAACUUGUCAUUUGUCUCAUCCCCACUGGGUUACUCCUCCAGGAGUACACCAAGGGGGGUGGAGACCCGUUUGCAGCGGCUGAUCCGGGAGCAGGCUCCAGUCCAGCUGACCGAUUUGAGCCAAAACCAGGAUCCCGCCAUCCAGCACUCCAAUCCAGGGGCGCUGAGAAGGAGGUCCCAAAGAGCACCCACCCGGAGGUGUUGAAGACGUCGAAAGGUGAGUCACAUGAGGAGAAAGCCAGAGAGGGGCUGCUGUUGCUACCAUGCCUCUCUCCCCCAUGUGUGAUUCAUGAAGCAGAUGACAGCACCCAGACGGGAAACCAGAGAGAGGAGCCUGGAGAGGGGAAGACACUUUCAGUCUUCCUCCGGCCUCUACAUGAAGCAGAUGACAGCACCCAGAAUGGGGACGAGAGGAUACUGUGGUGGAGGCCUUCGGUUGUUUCAAGGAAACCGAGGCCGCUGCCGGAGCUACGAUGAGAGAUGAGAUCCAGACAUACUGACGCACACACCUGACAGACAUAUACUGAUACUGGACGCACGAGUCCACAGACAUCGCAUACAUGAGCCACACCGAGAGUCACUAUUGCACGCUCCCAAUUAUACUGAUGUGAACAUUGAGAUUCAUCAUAAAGCACACAUGAAGAACAAUCUGUGCAACAACACCUUUCCGUGGACGGGAAAAAAUGACUGGACGCAGCAUUAGAGGGGACAGACCUUGCAGGGUUUGUGGUUAGAGUCCCAAGCAUUCUGGAGGUUAUCCAGGGAUAUCUGUCCCUCUGUCAAUGGCUGAUAUGUGUAAGGUCAAGAAGUGGCCUUGUGUAGGGUUGGAUGUAACAAAUGUGACUGUUCUGUCGAACAAGUCAGUCAUCUCUUGAAUAUGCCCCACCUGCAUUGUUUUGUGUAUGGCAUAGUGGUACAGUGAGAGUGAAAAAAAAAAUACAUGCAAGGAUACGGUUUCUAUGUAUGCUCACACUCUACUGGAUGAUUUGUAAGUUCAAUUGUAUCUGAGUUCAAUGUUACUUGUCCUGUAUACCAUUUGGGCGGGUGACAUAAAUUCCUGAUGUUGCUGACUAUGCUAUUCCUACACUUUUAGCAUACUACAGAAGAUGUAGUAUAUGGUUGAUUAAAUGUUUAAAUAAUUAUGGGAAGGUAUUUGGUAAAAAUACAUGUAACCACACUGUGGUAUGUAUGCUAACAGCCUGUUGCAUGAUUUGCCUGUUGCAGAUGGACCUGUAAGUAUAAGGGCAUCACCAUUUUGGUCUCGUCGUGCAGCUAACAAUGGCACCAUGUGGGUAUGUGUUAAGAGUGCUUAUUAUUUCCUGCCGGCCGUCUGGUCAGGAACGUGUUACCUUGGGUUUAUUGUAGGAGCCCUCAGACCUGUAGAUGGGUUGCCCCUGCACCCCUUUCCCAAACAUUGGUGGCACCGCCACAAGAGAAGUAUUAUUAAUGCAGAUGCUAAGAAGCUGGGAUCACAUCACGUGGAUUCAAUAGUACUCAGUCACUUUUCACAUUUUCAGUUGCCAUUCUCCAUGUGUAUGGUGUUAUCACUGCCUUUAGAGAUAUUAGGAGCUUAGCAGUAGGGUUGGAGUCCAUUGGUAAUGAGACAGCCGACGCCUUAACUGCAGUUGCGUCUGAGAUGAAGGCCAUGAGGCAGGUAGUGCUCCAGAACCGUAUGGCACUGGAUUAUCUGUUGUCAGCUCAGGGAGGUAGCUGUGCUGUGAUAGGUCAUGACUGUUGUACUUUUAUCCACGAUGAAUCUGCUAAUAUCACAAGUAUGGCUGCUUACAUUAAAACAUAAUGUCAGCUUUGGGGGGAACCUGAAGCUAGGAAUUGUGCUGACUGACCUCCUCUGUUCGGGGUUUCUUUUUCGACUAUCAUUCAAAUAGGAAUCACUGGAUUGGGCAUGUUAAUCGUUGUUGUGCUGAUUGUGGUUUGCGCUUGGAAGAUGUGUACUGCCUGCUGUGUACAGUGCUGUGCAGUAGGUUUUCGUAAGGCUGCCAGUAAGAUUAUGGUAGCCCAAAUCAAGCCACAGACAAAAGCAAGCAAGACUGAUGAUAACUUUAUUGCCCUGGGAAUGACUGAAAUGUCUGAUAUGUAAUCUCAAGUACCAAGUGACUAUUUUGCCAAUGUAAUAAAGCUGGCCAUUUGCCUCCUUCUAUUUUCCAACUGAUAUACAAUGCUGUAUGCAAUGUGAAUAGAUCUGUCCUUGACCACAGAUCAGUUAACAAUAAUUAAAGAUGGUUACUUUAUUACUUUUUAUACUGUCUGAAAUACUCUGAAUUUAAUGAACAGUGUUUGACCUAUACCCUGAUGUGUUGAACUCACGAGAGCAUGACCAGUGGGUAUGUCCAGCAGAGAAAUAUUCCUAUGUUUCUAGAACUAUUGAUAAACUAAGCAAAAAGCUUUUCACUUCAAUGACUUUGUACCUUUUCACCUGUGAUUGGGUACUACCUAAUAUUUCUUCAAAUCCUAUAAUCAUGUAUGCUGUGCUGAGUAGUUACAGAUACUGUAUUGUUUGAUUGUUAAGGUUUUUAAAUGGUAUGAAACUUGUGAAAUGUAAGGCACUACAGCAGGCCCCAGAUAAACAGUUGAUGAAUGGUUGUUGUGUUGACGUUAAACGUCAAAAGGGGGGACUGUGGAAGAAAUUGGGAUUUCCUGUGUGCUUACACUAAUCACUAAUCAAUAGAACUAGUCAUUGGAUACUAGUUAGUACGUUUAUCAUGUAAGCUUGCUAUUAAUAACAGUAUAUGGUGUCUAUGUGUCAGGGUUAAUAGAUGUUCGUGAUCAGGAGAAAGUACUGGGUAAACGUCCUUGGUCAUGACUACAAGGAGAGCGCCAACUAUGAUCUCUCUAGUCUGAGUGGUCAUGUGUUGGGAGCUGUGAAUCUCUUCCUCUGAGACUGUUGUAACGUCAUUACUGCCUGACUGUCACUAUCUAUGUUUACAUUCCUGUGCCCUAUAAAAGAUGGUCCUCCGGCUUUCAGAGCGGAGAGA